UGUAAAUGAGCGGAAAUGACGUUCAGUUUGGCGGAACACGUGAGUUGCACAUGCGAACUGGAGCAGAGAAAUACAUCAGAGAUGCAUGUAUUGUAGCUAACUUGUUAGGCGAAACUAAUUACGUUAAAAAGCACACAUUUAAUCAACGCAACACUCUAUAUUGAGACAGAGACGCAAUCUACAUCAUGAGUGAUUUUGGAAGCUACCCUCCGCCGGACUUCAGUUGUCCUCCCAGUGCAAUGGUAAGACCACCAUCGUUCCAUCCACCUCCAGGUAACUUCCAGCCCAGCAUGUGGAACUGGUACGAACCACCAUCCGAUUCAUGGGGCUACAACGGCCAGGUGGAAAACUGGCAUGGCGGCGCCGGACCAGGUCGACCCAGAGGCUCAUAUGGGCAGCAUUUCCACCGUGGACAACGUGGUUAUCAAGGCGGAAGGCAAGACUUUGGUGCCCCCAACAACAGUUGGAAGAAGCAGCAGAAGAAGAAAGAACCAGAAUUCUCCCACUUCUGUGACACCUGUGACAGAGGGUUCAAAAAUCAAGACAAGUAUGAUGAGCAUGUUUCUCAACAUGUCAAGUGUUCAGUGGAAGACUGCAGCUUCACUGCUCACGAGAAGCUGGUCAAUAUUCACUGGAAAAAUAACCAUGCCCCAGGAGCCAGAAGGAUUAAGCUGGACACUCCAGAGGAGAUUUCUAAAUGGAGAGAGGAAAGGCGCCGGAACUACCCAACCUUGAUGAAUGUAGCAAAGAAGAGAAAAGUGAUGGAUGCCAGGGAGGAGCGUGGUGAGGUGCUAGAGACGGCUCAGUUUGGGAGGAUGAGGGGCCGAGGUCGAGGCCAGCGACGUGGAAGAUUCCAGAGAGGGAGGUGGUCCAGAUCAGGCCCUCAUCCGUCAGAGAGACCACCACAGCAUGGCCAACCUCUGGAGAACCCCCCACCCCUCACUGAGCCCCCCAGGGAGGGUGACCCUUUAGGGGCUCUAGUCAACAGUGACCCAGACUCUGACAGAGAGGAGGAGCUCAGUGGGUCUGGCGUGACCGUGGCCCCGAAACAGAUGACCUCGGGGCUGGGAUCACUGAUGGCCAGUUAUGGAUCUGUGACCGACAGUGACAGUGAACCAGAAGCCCUCCCGAUCCACAGGGCCGGUAAGAUCCUGGAGGAGAACCACGCCAUGCUGAAGGGUUUGCCAUCCAAGCCCCAGUAUAGUGUUUCCCCCGGUAGUAAGAGACCGCACCCCGACGCCCCCAGGGUAUCACCGGUUCUCACAGCCACCGGUUCUCAUAGAUCUGACAGAGGAAGAGGAGGUAGAAGAGGAAGACAAAAUAAUACUGCCUCCCACCAACAGCGACGUGCUACUCUACUUGAGAUGUUGCUGGCGCCAGAUAUCCGACAUGAGAGGAAUGUACUUCUGCAGUGUGUUCGCUACAUCGUACGGAACAACUUCUUUGGGCUGGAUGCUGAAAUUCAUGGCCAGGAGGUUAUCGAGGGCAGAAAAGUGACCCCAACUGACCCCAACCACGACUCCCAGAGACAGGAAGGGAGACCAGACGAUCUGUGUCACCCAGUUCCAGGAACAUUUGUGGUUGGUCCAGAUGAAGUGGGUGACCUUGUCAAGACAUCAUUAGAAAGUACCAACGGACUCCUACAAGUGUCUACAGAAGCAGCCAUUUUAGGAGGUCAAGACGUCUGUCCUAAGGAGAGGCCAGAUGCUGCCACGAACUGUUACCCCUUGACUCAGAGUGAGUCUAGCUAUAACCCUGAGGUCCAGGGGAGUUUGGCUGAGCAGCCUGCAACCCAACAGGAGGGAGUGGAGGGGAUAACACAGACUGGACCAGCCUGUUCACUGUCACAUCCCCUCCAGGUGACCCCAAACAACUUGGCUGUUAAUUCUGAAGAUGGAGAUGGUCACCCUAAAAAGAACAUCUCUCAAACCUCCAACUAUGAUGACGAUGAAAUCUGGGAUAUCUAAGACAAUAGUUAGUUAUUCUGACAUAAAGACUGUAACCAGAGUUUUACCUCAGCUCUGUUCCGGAUGGACAUUGGUGAUGAUUCACUUCCUUAAACUGUAGUAAUGUUUUACUCUAAACAUGAAAUAUCUCAGUAGUUUUGUUUUAUUUUUACACAAAUGUUUUCCAACAUAAAAAUAAAAUGGCUAUGUUAUGUCACUGAGGUAAUACCCCUAACAACAUUGUAUUUUUCAUGAACACCCUUUCUCCUUAAUAUUUGAAGUUUGACUCUGAGAGAACUAGACUCACGAAAAAUGAUCAAACUAUUUUGUGCUACAUUUGUUGGAAUUUUAAAAGCAAAAUUGAGUGAUGUGUGACAGUGGUUGGUGUGCAGUGUUGGGGAACAGAUUGGAGCCCUGUCUAUUUGUUGUUGGGUCUAGCUAUAAAGUUUAUAGCUAAUUUUUUUAUAUGUAGCCCUUCAUUUCUGUCCCCUUUUCUGCCACCCAAAUCCCUCA